AUGUCAAGAAGAACAACAUCCCCCGAUGGCACACCAUCCUAUAAACCUUCCUCUACCAUACAAGUAACCUUUGAAGGAAGAAAUCUUCCCGAUUAUAUUACCCUAUUUUAUUGUUCCCGUCCCGUAGAAAUGUACACAUUUCCCGUGACCCAAUGUUACAAUUGCUGUAGAUUUGGGCACAUUACCAAAAAUUGUAAAAGCUCUCCACGAUGUGCCAAAUGUUCCGAAGACCACCAAUCAUUGAAUUGCACUAAAGAUGACAGCUUACCUAAAAUAUGCAUUAGUUGCAAUGGUGACCACUCUGCUACCUAUAAGAACUGCCCAGAGUAUAAAAGGCAAGUUGCCAUCAAAAAAAUUAUGGCCUCAGAUGGCUUAACAUAUUUUGAAGCCAGUGGUAAAGUACCUAAAAUCUUAAGCAAUGUAACCCUUCCUAAUCCUAUUAAUGUGUCGUCUACCCCGCAACAAUUUCCUUUGCUGUCGUAUAAUUCUUCUCCAAUCGCCACAACGACUAGACAAACAAUUCGACGGACGUACUCUAAGGCUACUACUUCACCAACUACCGCCCCUGUUCCUAAGAAACGAAAAGACUCCACUCCCCUUACAAAUCCUAUUGCGGCCCAAAUUGAUAAUUUGUUGAUUAACCCCAACGAUCCGACUAUUAAAACAAACAUUGUACAAACUAUUAUAAAUAAAAUCACUAAUGGAUCAGGUGUCCCAAGAACUCAAACUGCUUCAAUGGAACAUCCGAAGCAUCAAUCAAAAUAA